UUAAGUCAGCCAAGGAGAAGUUAAUCCUCCUCUCCAGAACAGCUUCACCCCUUGUUCUGCGUUCUUGCUGCCCCAGAGGAAGCCAGGAGGUUGCCCGUCCCAGUGUCCAUGAACUCUGCCAUCACUAGCAGUGCGCACCCCGGCCCCUCGCAGAUGGCUGAUGGUGUGCUCGGCUCCCACACUGAUGACCAAGGCAGGAAGAAGGACGAGCAGCCCGGGAAUCCCACCAGCAGCCUGGCCUAUAGCAUCUUGGACGUCCCUCCGUGGUAUCUCUGUAUCUUCUUGGGGAUCCAGCACUUCCUCACGGCCCUGGGGGGACUCGUGGCCGUGCCACUCAUUCUGGCCAAGGACCUGUGCCUGCAGCAUGACCCCCUGACCCAGAGCUACCUCAUCAGCACCAUCUUCUUCAUCUCCGGUAUCUGCACUCUCCUGCAAGUGCUUUUUGGGGUUAGGCUGCCCAUUCUCCAAGGUGGAACAUUUGCGUUUGUGGCACCCUCUCUGGCCAUGCUCUCCCUUCCUGACUGGAAGUGCCCCGAGUGGACGCUCAAUGCCAGCCAGGUGAACACCAGCUCUCCAGAAUUCACUGAGGAAUGGCAGAAGAGGAUACGAGAGUUGCAGGGCGCCAUCAUGGUGGCUUCCUGUGUCCAGAUGCUGGUGGGCUUUUCAGGCCUCAUCGGCUUUCUCAUGCGCUUCAUUGGCCCUUUGACCAUUGCUCCGACCAUCUCCCUGGUGGCCCUACCUCUCUUCGAUUCUGUGGGCAACGACGCUGGGAUCCACUGGGGGAUUUCUGCCAUGACCAUCUUCCUCAUCGUGCUGUUUUCUCAGUACCUGAAAAACAUCGUGGUGCCGCUGCCCGUUUACGGAAGAGAGAAGUGCCACACCGCCAAGUUCUACCUGUUUCAGGUGUUCCCUGUGCUGUUGGCCCUCUGCAUCUCCUGGCUUGUCUGCUUCGUGCUCACGGUCACCAACGCCCUCCCCACGGUCCCCUCAGCCUACGGGUACCUGGCCCGCACUGACACCAAAGGCAGCGUCCUGAGCCAGGCCCCUUGGUUUCGCUUCCCUUACCCAGGACAGUGGGGCGUCCCCACCGUGAGCCUGGCAGGGGUCUUCGGGAUCAUUGCAGGGGUGAUCUCCUCAAUGGUGGAGUCAGUAGGUGAUUAUUAUGCCUGUGCCCGGCUGGUGGGGGCCCCACCCCCUCCAAAGCACGCCAUCAACCGUGGCAUUGGCAUUGAAGGCCUUGGCUGCCUCCUGGCAGGAGCCUGGGGGACAGGGAAUGGCACCACCUCCUACAGUGAGAAUGUCGGGGCUCUGGGCAUCACCAAGGUGGGGAGCAGGAUGGUGAUUGUCGCCGCAGGCUGUGUGCUGCUCCUGAUGGGCAUGUUUGGGAAGAUCGGGGCUGCAUUCGCUACCAUCCCAACCCCCGUGAUUGGAGGCAUGUUCCUGGUCAUGUUUGGAGUCAUCACUGCUGUGGGCAUCUCCAAUCUGCAGUAUGUGGACAUGAACUCAUCCAGAAACCUCUUUGUCUUUGGCUUCUCCAUCUACUGUGGGCUCGCCAUUCCCAACUGGGUGAACAAGAACCCCAGGAUCCUCCAGACAGGGAUCCUCCAGCUGGACCAGGUCAUCCAGGUGCUGCUCACCACAGGCAUGUUUGUCGGUGGAUUUCUGGGCUUUGUCCUGGACAACACUAUCCCUGGAAGUCAGGAGGAGCGAGGCCUCCUGGCGUGGAAUCAAUUCCAGGAGGAGUCUGAGGAGACCCUGAAGGCCUCAGAGGUCUACUGCCUCCCCUGGGGGAUUGGCACCAAGUUCUGCACAUCUCCCUGCACCUGGCACCUGCCCUUCUGGCCCACCAAAAGAUCAGGAGGAGGGACAGGGGAGGUGGGCCAGAGCCAGCACAGCCUCUGUUCCCGGGAAUCCUCAGAAACCGGGAUGUGAGAACGAUCCCUCACCACAACCCACCCACCGGGGAACAGGCUGAUCCGUGCCCUCCACACCCACACGCAUGACCGCCAAAGAAGUGCAAGAUCAGCCAGCGCGCUCCCAGCUGGCCGCGGUCCCCAUGCCCAGCCUCAAGCGCAAGGUGGCCAGGUGUCCACAGGCAGCCCUCUGUCCCACAUGCCCUGGGCAGUAUUUUGAUGUGUUUGGAGGAAGAGGUCUGCGCUAGGGCAGAGGUGGGGACAGGGAUGUUGGCUGAGAGAGGAUGGUUCUGUGCUUCUACCAAGGGUCAGGGUCCCUGCAGCUGCUGUGUCCCCUCCGUUUCUGGGCUGGGAAGUGGUGGAGAGCCCCUGCUGUUCCCACACCCUGAGUUGUGCUGCAGCCCCCUCCAUGUCCAGAAGCUGCAGUCUGGUCUUGUCUAGCAUGAAGGCCAGCGGUCUGUGUGUUUCCAUCACACUCUGCUGUCCCUUAGCUCCCCUGGUCUCCCCAGUGCUCUGCUGCCUGUCCUUCAGCAGUUAUGGACCAGGGGACUUAAGACCCCUUCCAGGGAGGGCAGGGGGCCAAAGUCCAGGUGUGGUAGGGCUGGACUUCGCAUGCUCAGACCCCAGACUCUUUGUCUACCAGAGUGGACUGCAGGCUGCUGGGAAGUUGAGCCAAGUCUGCUAUCCUGGGCUUCUCCAGAAACUUUUACUAUUUCCCUAGGGGACUCAAUCUUAUGACUUCAACUUUUGAUGGGCACCGUAUUGAACUAGCAAGAAAAAAAGUCCAUGGUGUUUCUCAAUACCUCCUUCCAUCAAGAACUCUAUCCUUGCUUGGCCAAACUCUCUCCUUCAGGAGAAGGAAGGGGAGACAUUUUGCUGGGGGUGGGGAGGGAAACAGUUGACAUUGUUCCAGAGGCUCCUCUGCCCUCCACUCUGAAUGUUCACUCAUCUCUGCGUGGCAUGGGGGAAGUUGACCCUCUGACCUACUUUUCAAGGCUUGUUGAUUCUGUCUGCCAUCAUGUUUGCCAAGAAGUGUGUGUGUUUUGUGUGUUAAAAGUAGGGCUGGUGUGUGUGUGGGGUCCACCAAGUACAUCUGUCACUAAUACGGAUAUGAGAGCUACGCAUCCCUGCUCUGAGUGCACGCAUGGUAGAGAUGGGUGUGUGCUGGGAGGCUGAGCAGGGUGCACACACUGUGCUCUCAGCCUUGUUUCCUUCCCUCCCAGAACUCCUCCAUUAAAAGCUUCCAUCAGCCUUUCAUGCCACAGAUGUCUUUUUUUUUUUUUUUUGGAGACAGAGUUUCAUUCCAUUGCCCUUGGUAGAGCACUGUGGCAUCACAGCUCACAGCAACCUCCAGCUCUUGGGCUUAGGCGAUUCUCUUGCCUCAGCCUCCCGAGUAGCUGGGACCACAGGCACCCACCACAACAUCUGGCUAUGUUUUGUUGCAGUUUGGCUGGGGCCGGGUUUGAACCCACCACCUUUGGUAUAUGGGGCCGAUGCCCUACUCACUGAGCCACAGGCACUGCCCCACAGGUAUCUUUUAAUACCUGCAUGAACCCGAAAGUGGGAGGGGUCACUAGGUGAGCAGGAGGGGCCUACGACCUGGCUUUGGGAUAGGGAGACAGAAGUAUUUCUCCCAGAGGGGGAAUACUAGUGAAAUCCGUUAGACCAAUGGUUCUCAAUCUUCCUAAUGCCAUGACCCUUUAAUACAGUUCUUCAUGUUGUGGCGACCCCAACCAUAAAAUUAUUUUCGUUGCUACUUCAUUACUGUAAUUUUUGCUACUGUUAUGAAUCAUAAUGUAAAUCUCUGAUAUUAGGUGACCCCUGUCAAAGGGUUGUUUGGGUUGCUACCCACAGGUUGAGAUUAGACCUUGGAUUCCCCUCAGUUUUUCUGUGUGGUGGGAACACAAGCCCAUGGGGAAAAGACUAAUAGAGAAGAAGGAGAUGACCUUCAGUGCAUGCAAUUACAGGCCCACACAGGUAGGGCUAUAUAAUUCUGACUUUAUUGGGUGAUGGGUUCAGAGUGGCCAAUCUUAAAGAUCAUUCCUGGGGCAUUUUGAACCAAGGCCCUGAUGUCUCCAAAACUGCUUGUGAGGCACCCUAAGGAGAACAACAGACUCCACCCUGCCUCCUGGGACAAUUCCAAUCACUGUCCUUUGAAGUACAGUGGAUCUAGAGAGGAAGGACAAUUGCCACUUAACAUGAGGAAUUUCAGUCUUGAAGGGGUUGAGGAGGUGAACUGGGGGGUGGACUGUGAUACAGCUGAAGUCAGCUGUGAAAUGGACCAUCGUGAUCAUGAUACCCAAGGACAACCCCGAAUGAUGCCCCAUGAUGGAAUUUGCUCAGCCAGUCCUGGAGUACUGUGGGGGAGUAGUGGCAUCCUGUGUGCUUGGAAGCUGAGUGAUAAGUAAAUAAAAGGAAAGAGAAAUAGAGAAUAUCCUAAAACAUAUUUCAAGCUGAGAAUACCUUUAAAAGCUUCUAACUCACGGAAGAAUGCUAAAGGGAAGGGAGAAUCUUGUAAAUCUUCCCCUGACCUUGAAGCUUAGCAUUACUGUGGCCCAGAAAACACCCCUGGCUCUGCCCUGGUGCAGCCAUCUAUAGGUGGUCACAGCCUCUGAAUGCCCUGUGGAGCCACACAUGAGAUUGCUGUGGAAUUAGGCAGGGUCCUUUUGGCUGCAGAUGAGAAAAGGUUAACUAAAAAGGGGCAUGGGAUCUAUUGGUUCUUGCAACUGGAAAGAAAGGAAAUUAUGGAAUCACAGACCCAUAGGAGGAACCAGAGGAGACAGGGCCUGAAGGAUGAGAACUGAGGCUUCUCUCCCCUUUCCCUCUCUCUCCAUCUCCCUGUGCUGCUUCUCCUUGCCCAUUUCUCUCCUCUGCAUCUGAGGGUGAUGCCCCUGUCCCACCAGGUGUACAGCCUGCCACUGUGACUGCAAAGGCUAAAGAAAAAGACAGUCUUCCACACCAGCUCUGCCAACACCCUCCCAGGGAGGACUUGUGGUAGCACAAGGUACCACAUGUAAGGAAAUUUAGUAAGUGCUGAGUUUGAGGAUUUUAUUCUUCCUGUAAUAGUUUCUUAUGGCUGCUGUAAUAAAUUAGCCCAAGCCAGGUGGCUUAAAAGAACAUAAAUUUAUUCUUUUACAUUUCUGGAGGUCAAAAGUCCUAAAUCUUCUAGAGAUAAAACCAAGGUGUUGGUGGGGCUGCUUCCCCUGGGAAGUUCUAGGAGAGGACCAUUUCCUAGCCUUUUCUGGUUCCAGAAGGAGCCUGCAUUCCUUUGUUGAUGUCCCCUUCUCUAUCUUAAGAGAAUAACACUCCAACCCCUGUGUUCCUUGUCCCAUCUUCUGUUCCCUUUGAUCUUCCUGCCUUCCUUUUAUGAUGACCUUUGUGAUUAUAUUUGUGACCCACGCAGUUAAUCUAGAAUAAGCUCCUCAUCUCAAGACCCUUAACUUAGUUGUAUCUGCAAAGUCCCUUUGUAUAUAAUGUGACAUUGAUAGGUUUUGGUGAUUAGGAUAUGGAUCUCUUUUGGGGCCAUAAUUCAACCCACGACAUACAUUCUCUAGUUAAAAUACUGUACAGUAGUCCCCAUUUAUUCUUGGUUUCUCCUUCCCUGGUUUCAGUUACCUGAAGUCAAUUGAGUUUCAAAAAUAUUAAAUGGAAAAUGCCAGAAAUAAGCAAUUCAUAAGUUUUAAAUCAC